UAUAUAUGCCCCGCGUCCAGAUGACGCUGGAUUUCACGAACAUUCUGGAGCUCGAAGAUCUCGACAUGGCGGUGGAGGUUUGCGUCAAGGCAGCAGCAGGCGCUCCGGAGAUUCUGGGAGAUUGUCCGUUCUGCCAGAGAGUUUUGUUAACUUUGGAAGAGAAGAAUGUCGCUUACAAGACGCAUCUGAUCAACCUUUCUGAGAAGCCGCAGUGGUUCGUGGAAGUGAAUCCUGAGGGGAAGGUGCCGGUGAUCAAAUUUGACGACAAAUGGAUUGCUGAUUCUGAUGUGAUUGUUGGUAUAAUUGAGGAGAAAUACCCUAAUCCUCCCCUAUCAGCUCCUUCUGAAGUCUCAUCAGUGGGCUCCAAAAUAUUUCCUUCUUUUGUCACGUUCUUGAAGAGCAAGGAUCCAGCGGAUGGAAGUGAACAGGCACUCCUUGUCGAAUUGAAGGCAUUGGAUGAACACCUGAAAGCUAAGGGGCCGUAUGUUAAUGGAGCUAAUAUAUGCGCCGUUGAUUUGAGUUUAGCCCCUAAGCUUUACCAUCUUGUUGUGGCUCUUGGCCACUUUAAGGGGUGGAAAAUACCCGAAAGCUUGACCCAUGUGCACAACUACACUAAGCUGCUCUUCUCCCGGGAGUCAUUCCAGAAAACAAAGGCUGAGGAGAAAUUCGUCGUUGCUGGUUGGGCUCCGAAAGUUAACCCAUGAAGUUACAAUCUGCAUAUCUUCCGGUAUGUUCUCUAGCUCGCGUGCCCGGCUUUGAAGUUCUCUCUGAAAAAUUUCUAAGCAAAAUAUAAAUGAUAAUAAUAAUGUGUGCUUGUUUGUAUCUCGACUAUGGCUGGUGUAUGAGGCUGUUUAAAUAAUCAGAAAAUUAGUCGUCAUUACUACUAUCA